AUGCAUAUGCGACAACUGCUUGCUGUUGAGUUUGCUUUUGUAGCUUAUUUUCAAGUUUCACGUGGUGACGUGAGUCAUGCUAGCAAUGAUGUGUUAUCAUCUACCGCGAAAGUGGUGCGGGAAUGCUCCAUGCGUGGAGUAUGCGGACGCCGUGGCGCCAUGCAUCAAACGUGUCCUUAUCAUGGACCACCUUUGCGAAUAUCCGUGGAAAAACAUCGGCAAACAUUGGCAUCACUAUGCCCUCAUCUGUUUCAAGGAAGCAAUGAAGAAUUCUGCUGUGAUGAAAAGCAGGUGGCAUUGUUGGAUGCGCAGAUGACAUUACCACGGCAGUUUCUGUCGAGAUGUCCAAGUUGCUUAACGAAUUUUGUACAGUUGUGGUGUGAUUUCACGUGCUCACCAAACCAGGCGAAUUUUGUGCGGGUCAUUGCAUCUACCGAUGAUUUGCAUCUCGUGGAAAACAAAACGCAGUAUGUGACAGAAGUUGCCUAUUAUGUACGAGAUAGUUAUGCAGAUGGAUUAUUUCAGUCAUGCAAAGAUGUUCGAGCAAUUGGAACAGACUAUGCACUUAGUUUCAUGUGCGGUGUGAGCAUUACCGAGUGUGAUAUAUCCCGGUGGUUCACUUUUUUGGGUACCUACAACGAAGACAUCGGCGUACCCUUUCAUAUCACUUUCAUUCCUACUCCUUUCUUACCCGAAGACCAAUUAAACGUUCUAAAUGCCACAGUGCUCGACAUCAGGCCACCUACAACUCGGGUUCUUCUAUGUUCAGAAGCGGCUCACCCUAAUAGCUCUCCAUGUUCGUGCCAGGACUGUUCUCAGUCCUGCGUCGCCGAAUCACCCUUCCCAUUUAUCGUACAGGAAGAAUGUCAGAUCGCAUCCUUUGACUGCAUGCUAAUUUUAUCACUUUUUGGAUUUGGUGGACUAUGUUUUGCAGUGAUGUUUUUCGCAAUGAUGCACCAUAGCCUGAAAAGAAAUCAAGAUGGCGGCGAUUUGAGUGAUUUUAAACCAGCAGGUGGAACUUUAGAUGAUACUGACUUGGGCGCAAUUGAUACGUUAGGAUCAUGGAUCGAGUCACAGCUUGAAUUGGUUUGCGCUCAUUACGGACAGCUAUGUGUUAAGCACCCACUAGCAGUGUUUGCGUUUGGCACGCUUAUUGCGGUACUUUGCUCAAGCGGUAUGCUUUUCGUUCGUUUCACCACCGAUCCAGUGGAGCUUUGGUCAUCUAGGACUAGCAGAGCACGUGGCGAGAAAUACUUUUUCGAUAGCGAAUUCGGGCCAUUUUAUCGCAUGGAACAGUUAAUCAUGUACCCACGAGAUCAGUCAUUCUGGUUACAUGAAAAUCAGUCGGACUUGUUCGAACUUGGAUUCUAUGGUCCAGCACUACGAAAAGCGUUUCUUCAAGAUGUAGCAGAGCUACAGGAAGCGGUGACAAACUUGAUAGCAGUGACAGAUGACGGCACACAGGUGACACUCACUGAUGUGUGUUAUAAACCGAUGACACCUGAUAAUGAGAAUUGUGCUAUCAUGACUGUACUUAAUUAUUUUCAGAACAACGUGUCACUUCUGAAUCGGACGAGCGUGGAUGACUGGAGUGGUUCGCAGUUCGACUAUUUGGACCAUAUUAUGACGUGUGCCCAAAACCCGUACCAGACGAUCACUCGGCUCGGCAUCCCGUGCUUGUCAGCGUUUGGUGUACCUAUCCAACCGUACGUGGUACUGGGUGAAUUCAACAGUAGUAGCAAGUGGGACAGUGCAAGGGGUAUUGUUAUCACUAUUCUGCUUAACAAUCAUAUUACUGCUCUGGAAAAUAAGUACGCUGCUGCAUGGGAAAAAAUAUUUGUCCUUUAUCUUCGGAAUAUUUCACAUCAAAACUAUGCGAUAUCAUUCAUGGCCGAGCGCUCCAUCCAGGAUGAAAUAGACAGAGAAAGCCAGUCGGAUGUAUUCACUAUACUUAUUAGCUACAUCUUCAUGUUCGCCUAUGUUGCAUUCGCGUUGGGACAGUACCAGGUGACUGGAAAUAAUUUGGCCACGUUGCUUGUCCACUCAAAGAUAAUGCUCGGUGCUGCGGGUGUUUUGAUUGUUGCCUUAUCAGUGACGUCGUCCAUCGGUUUGUAUGCGUUCUAUGGCAUCCCCGCAACGACAAUUGUAUUGGAAGUACAGCCAUUUCUAGUGCUCGCUGUGGGCGUCGACAACAUUUUCAUCUUUGUGCAGGCAUAUCAGCGAACCGAGGACCCUUUAUCGGAGCCAUUGCAUCUGCGAAUUUCACAUAUAAGUGGCGAAGUGAUACCAUCCAUGCUUCUGUCCUCGCUAUCCGAAUGCUUAUGCUUCUUCGUUGGGGCACUGUCCUCCAUGCCUGCCGUCAAGGUCUUUUCGCUAUAUGCAGCUUUGGCAAUAUUUUUCAAUUUUUUCCUACAAAUAACCUGUUUUCUCGCUAUAUUCAUUGUUGACGUACGACGCGAAGAGAGUGGCAGGCCAGAAGUGUGUUGCUGUCGUCGGAUAACAACCGUAGAAAGCGUUAACAGUGACGGAUAUAUGUUAUAUUUAUUCAAUAAUUACUAUGCACCAUUUUUAUUGUCGAAGUACGUUCGAAUUAUUGUGAUAUUUUUAUUUGCUGGCUGGCUCAGUAGCUCGUUUGCAGUGAUGGGCAACAUCCCUCUUGGCUUUGAUCAGAAGAUGGCUGUUCCCGAGGACUCUUAUGUUUUUUCCUAUUUCAAAUCGAUGGAUCGAUUCCUCUCAGUCGGUCCACCAGUUUAUUUUGUCAUCAAAGGUGAUGUGGAAUUCAGUGACUCUUAUGAACAUAAUAAAAUUUGCUCCGGUGCCGGUUGUGCCACUGAUUCAUUGGGUGCUCAAAUUGCCCAUGCUGCACGAUGGUCAAAUAGGUCGUACAUAGCUUAUCCGGCAAUGAACUGGCUCGAUGAUUACUUUGAUUGGUUACAACCGUUCGGUAAUCCACCAUGUUGUCGGAUGUUCCCCAAUGGAACAUUUUGCUCUUCCACCGAGAAUUCAGAAAGCUGCAUUCCUUGCAAUGUGGAAUUUUUUGAUGGCAGGCCUCGUUCAGAUCUGUUUUACGACCAUCUUACACAUUUCUUUUCGAAUAAUCCAAGUACCAAAUGUGCUAAAGGAGGUCAUGCAGCAUAUGGUUCGGCCGUUAAGUUGUCUAGGCGUGGCCGAAUCUUAUCAUCGCAUUUCAUGACCUAUCAUACGGUUUUGAAAACUUCAUCAGACUUCAUAAAUGCCAUGAAUAGUGCUCGUCGUAUUGCUGCCAAUAUAACAGCUAUGCUGAACAAAGACAGAGAUGGUCGAUGUUCGAUAGAAGUAUUUCCGUACAGCGUAUUUUAUGUUUUCUAUGAACAGUAUAUGACGAUAGUGAUGGAUGCGUGUAUCCAGCUGAUACUCUCUCUAGUAGCCAUAUUUGCGGUCACAACAGUGCUUCUCGGCCUUGAUCCAUGGUCAGCAUUCAUCAUUGAUCUUACUAUAAGUUGUGUUCUGUUCAAUUUAAUUGGUCUCAUGUAUUGGUGGAAUAUUGAUUUCAAUGCUAUUUCUGUUGUCAACCUUGUCAUGACGGUGGGAAUAUCGGUGGAAUUCUGUUCACAUAUUGUUCGAUCAUUUGCGCUAAGCGUUCAUCGAGAUCGCUUGAUGCGUGCACGACAUUCUCUCGCAAGCAUGGGAUCAUCAGUUCUUUCCGGCAUAACACUCACAAAAUUUGGUGGGAUAUUGGUACUCGCAUUUGCACAUUCCCAAAUUUUCAAAGUAUUUUAUUUCCGUAUGUUUCUUGGCAUUGUACUUAUUGGAGCGGCACACGGUCUCAUAUUUUUACCCGUUUUACUCAGUUAUAUCGGACCACCGAUGAAUAAGCGCAAGCUGAUCAUGAAGACGCGGUCGGAGAGCUGCUGUAUAAAUGACUGCGGCAGUGCAGUAACGAAAACGUGUCUCACGAAACACUGUGAUCCUUCACCACUUACGGAUGUUUUUUAG